GCAAUAGUUCACAUUAGAAAUCCGGAUCCAUGGGGAAAAAUCCCCUCACCAAGCUCGAAAACUGACCAAAAAAUCUAAACGAGUUGCCACAUGGUUAUGUGACAAACUGCAAACAAAUUUCCCAAAAUUGGGGGAUUUUGAUUUUGGGUGGUUCACUAGAAAUUAUCCAUUUGAGCAUGGAGGUCAGCAUUAGUCUCUGACUUUGCCUGGUUUGGCACGUCACUGCGCCAUCCUUCCCCAUUCCGUGCUCUGAUCGAUAGCCCCUUAUCCUCUCCAAUCUGUAAAACUGGUUUUGCCGAUUUCAGUUUCCCAUAGACUGAGGCUGCUUCGAGGUUUCUCAUGGCGGAUAAUCCAUCGCCCUUUGAUCCUGCUCGUAUUCUUGCUCACAAAUUUCCUGAGACGACAUCCACCUAUACUGAGAGAGAUGUUGCACUCUAUGCUCUGGGUAUUGGAGUGUGUUGUCAGGAAGCUGUGGAUGCUGAUGAGCUGAAAUAUGUUUACAAUGAAAAUGGUCAAGAAUACAUCAAGGUUCUGCCAACAUUUUCUGCUUUAUUUAUCCAUGAUACUAUGAGAACGGGUCUGAGCUUGCCUGGAUUGUCGUUUGACCCAAAGCUCGCUCUUCAUGGUCAGCAAUACAUUGAAUUGUACAAGCCACUGCCAUCAAGCGGAUAUUUGGAGAAUAAAGUCUCUCUUGCUGGGCUGCAUGACAAAGGAAAAGCAGCUAUUCUUGAGAUUGCGACAAAAAGUUAUGACAAAAAGUCUGGACAAUUAUUAUGCAUGAAUCGGACAAGUCUCUUUCUGCGAGGUGCCGGCGGAUUCUCAAGUUCUUCUCACCCGUUCUCCUAUACAAACUACCCGAAAGAUCAAGGAUUGGUAGGAAAAAUUCCAAAGACACCGCCUUUUACUGUGUAUGAGGAUUAUACUGGACCAUCUCAGGCAUUACUGUAUAGUUUAUCAGGUGACUAUAAUCCUCUUCAUUCUGAUCCUGUAGUUGCAAAGAUUGCAGGGUUCUCGAAGCCAAUACUUCAUGGAUUGUGUACAUUGGGAUUUGCUGUGCGGGCAGUAAUUAAAUGUGUGUGUAAAGGAGACUUGAGCAAAAUAAAAUGCUUAUUAGGAAAGUUUCUUUUGCACGUGUACCCAGGUGAAAUUUUGGUAACGGAGAUGUGGCUUGAGGGCUCGAGGGUCCUUUAUCAGACAAAGGUAAAGGAGCGAAACCGGGCUGUGUUAUCUGGCUACGUGGAUCUUCAUCAUGUAGCUUCGUCUCUGUAAAUUUAUUAUGAAGGUACCUUCAUAUAUAAUAUGUUGGAAAUGAAUAAGUUGACCUCUGAUCAUUCUGCUUCUUUAGGGUAAUUCAUAUGACUAAGCUCCCUAGUAAAUCACACGACUGUACCUUAUUUGUUUUGGAAUGUUUCCCUUUCUUCUUGGCAGAAUAAAGAUCUCAAACGUAUGUGGGUAAUGCAGUGAAUGGAAUUCAUAAAUUUGCUUGU